AUGUCCGCCCCCUUAGCGGGGUCAACGCGCCUUCCUUCUCUCACUCUCUCCUCCUGCGAGUCGACGAUUAAUAAAAAGACUCCUAAAAGGGGUUUUAGGAACGGAAGACUUUUGGUGGGUUUUCGAUCUUCUCUCUCUUCUUCUUCUCUUUCUUCUUCUUCUUCUUCUUCUUCUUCUUCUUCUUCUUCUUCUUCUGUUCCGCGAGGGGAAAGCGCCGCCCCCCUGAAGAAUAACGGUAAGAUUUCAUCACCGUCGUCGUCUAAAACCACGGAAGAAGAGAAGGACCAAAGGUUCUUUUUACCACGACGAAAAGAAGAAGAAGAAGUGAGAAAAGUAAUCAUUCUUUGGGAUCUGGACAACGUGAACCCGGGGACGACGUGCGAACGAUUCGCCAUAAACGCAAAGAGAAUAAAAAAAGCGGGGGAGAAAUUUGGUCGAGUUGUCGCUUUUCGAGCGUUCGCUGGAAUGCAAACGAGUCGAGACUUGAGCGAAUGUUGUAACAAUUCAGACGAUUCAGACGAUAACGAUAACGAAGAUGAUACUAAAAAUAAGGACGAAAACGAGGACGAUACUUCGACGAAAGUAAUAAAAGGAUUUAAAAGAACGUUCGAGAGGUUAAAUUUGAAAACGGAGUUUUACCUGGACGGGCCGGACGCCGCGGAUUUGAGGUUGGGGAGACGUUUGAUGGAAUUCGCGAACGAGAGUCAAGGGAAGAAGAUUCAAGACGUGCCGGCGUUUAUUACCAGGCGGGCAGAAGAGGCAUGCUUUCUUACCUCCGACGACGUAAACGACGACAUCAAUGAAGAUAACGAUGAAGAUGAUGAAUACGAUACAACUUUUCCGUCGUGCGACCCGGAACUUAAACACGUUUCCUUUUGCGAGCAAACCAGAAGAGAAUAUAGAAACUUGGCCAUGGCGAAGCAGGAAUUGCUCAAACUGGAAGGAGAAAAGAUUCACGCCACGUGCUUGGAGGAAAAGUGCUCGCCAGACGAAACGAAAUUACGUCAGAUUGUAAAGAAUAGAAAACACGUGGCUAUCGUCGUUACGAACGAUCGCGAUUUGAAGUUACCGCUAGAUUACGCGAUCUCGAUGGACGUUUGCGUGGUGUUGAUUGGCAACUUUGUGGACAACUCGUCGAAAAAGAUGAGAAAUUUAGUCUCGUCGUCUUCUAGAAAGAAGAAGACCUCUUUCAGACGUUUAGGAGGAGGAGGAGGAGGAGGAGGAGAAAAAAGACGAAAAGAUUCGCUUAAUCAAAUAAGUUGGAGUGCGUAUUUAGACACCGUUCGAUUAGCGGCGCAGAAGCGGCCGAUUGCGAGACUGAAGUUAUUAGAAAACGCAGACGCGGCUUUAAUUUGGGAUUCCGCGCGAAGGUUCACGGUGAGCGAGGACGAAAGAGACGUCUUGGCUAAUGCGAAAUCGAACAGUAAGGAGUAUGAAGUGAGUUGCCCGGGGGACGUGGUUGGAAUGUGGCGACGGCAUAAAUCCGGCGUCGGUGCCUGGUUUUCAUCGUUCGACGAAGAUCGGUAA